GUAACGAGGAGACGUUCCAUUCAAUCAUUUACUUUUCGAUAAAUUGAUCAAAUCGAUCGAGAAACCGUAUCGCGGAUAAAAUUGCUUUUCGAACGAGACGUUCGAACAGUUAUGGAAGCGAUCGUCAUUAAUUAUUGUCGAUGAUAUUUUUCGCGUAUUAUCGAGCCAUAUUCGCGGUGUGCAUCGGUGAGUUUUCCAGCGCCGGUUUCUACGUGAGAAUUAGUCAGCGAGGCCCGUAGGAAAUGGUGGUUUAUUUUAGGGACAUCUGAAAAUACGCGUGCUCGUCCCUCGUAGAAGCUCAGUUGUCGUUGCUACAAGAUAGGAUCAUGGCUCUUAAAGAUUGUCUGCUACCAACGAUAGCGAUAACAAUUUCGAUAGGAAUAUCAUCGGUUCUCGCGUGGAAUUCCGAUAUUCACCGCUACGAGAGCUACGAUCUCGACAGGGGGCCAGUGUUCUACGAAGCCUAUUAUCCGGACAGCAACGACGAACUCCGUGGCAAUUAUCAAGAGAAACGUUAUUUCGACCGAGGGGCAGUCUUGGAAAAGAGCUAUCAAAUACCUUCCCAACGCCUCGCCUACUCGAACAACAUCGUUCAACUGGACAAUCGACAGAAUUUGGCGGGAAGUGUUCCACGGGACGCACGAGACGAUCGUUUCCCGCCACGGGCGAACGAGCAACCUUUGGACAUAAAGGAAAUCUCCAGUCUGGCCAGAAGAGCGAUUUCCCGGGACCUAGAGAACUGGAACACCCUCGAGAGUUAUUUGGAUCGUGCCAGGUACCAGGAUCCCAUAUAUCGUCGACAAAUAGUCGUCCCUGACCCGAGAUACGGAAUCGAACAAUCAGACCGCGGAAUUGGACCGGACGCCUUCAAAGAUGGCCGUGAUUUUAGGCGGGAAUUGUACGAGGAAGUUCGCGAGGAACCGUCGGAUUUGUCAGGACGAAUUCGAUCGUCCGACGAUCAAAGGAUUCCGAAUGCGAUGAGAAGAUUGACCGCACGAGACACAGCUGGCAAAAAUUCUUUGGGAACUCUCGAAUCGAUUCGAUACCAGAACCAAUCGCCUUCCAAACAGGAAAUCGUACAAGUUUUGGGCGCCAAAGAGGCUAAUGCACCUUUGAUGAAGGAUGCAGAAAAUCCUAAAUCGAUCGUCGAUCCUUAUCCAUCGGAGAAUAUAUUCGCGCCUCGACCUCAGGUCAUUAAUUAUAUUUUCUCGAAGAAACCGAUCGUGUCUUUAGAGAAUAAAGAUCGCGUCGUGUCCGAGGCGAAGGAAACCGCGAAAGAGACUAUGCCUAGAAAUUAUGGGGACAAUAUCAUUCGAGAGGAAAUGAAGAAGACGCAGGAGGACAAAGACGUGAAGGUAGCGUCCAUCGAAAUCAGCGAGGUGCCCAAACACAAGACUCGUCAUCAUCACGGGGAAUGGCCGAAACGCGACUACUCUCGACGUCAUCAAUCGUGAAUAAUUCAAAGUUGGUAUUAAAACAGAAUAAAGUUUACCUUUUGCAGAUCGGGAUCUUCACUGAGAUCUUUCUGGUCUCGCGAAUUUAUUAUUGAAAAUUUACGAAACAUUUGUCGUAUCCGACUUGUUUCCGGAUGUAAUAGUUUUUAUGUUGCACAUGUUAGUCGUUUAUUACUUCAAAGGCGUUCAAUUCAUCUACAUUUUACAAAACACUACACGCAUAUUAAAUCUAGAAUUUACAAACG